ACCAGUUUCUGGACUGAUAAUUGAACCAUGGCUUCUGUUGUAGAUCCUAGCUCCAAUGCUUCUAUCUCUAAAUGUAUCACCAAGCACUUGAAUCUGCGAUUUCAUGUUGACUUUGACAGACAUGUCAUUAACGGGAACGUUGCCUUGACUAUAGAGGUACUGGAGGACAAAUUUUCAAGCCUGGUUCUUGAUACAAAGGACUUGAAGAUCAAUAAAGUCACAGCUAAUGGACAGGAGACCAAGUUUUCUCUGGGGUCCCCACACAGGUUUAAGGGUUCAGCUCUGGAGAUCAACCUGCCUUUCGAAUUGUCCAGGGGCCAGCAUGUCAUUAUCGAAGUGUCUUAUGAGACCUCACCCAAAGCCUCCGCGCUGCAGUGGCUCAGCCCAGAACAGACUGCUGGCAAGAAGCACCCCUACCUCUUCAGUCAAUGUCAGGCUACCCACUGUCGAACCAUGGUCCCCUGUCAGGAUACCCCAUCUGUGAAAAGCACCUACUAUGCUCAGGUGUCCGUCUCCAAGGAGCUGGUGGCGGUGAUGAGUGCUGUGAGGGAUGGGCAGGACGCAGACCCUCUUGACAGCAGCAGAAUGGUCUAUCGCUUCAGGCAAGCGGUUGCCAUGCCUUCUUAUUUGAUUGCCAUAGUAGUUGGUGCUCUGGAGAGCAGAGAGAUUGGGCCGAGAAGCAGAGUCUGGUCAGAGAAGGAGGUAGUGGAUCUGGCGGCCUACGAGUUUGCUGAGACUGAAGCCAUGUUGAAGAUUGCAGAGCAGCUGGCAGGACCUUAUGUAUGGGGCCAGUAUGAUGUCCUUGUGCUCCCUCCUUCCUUCCCUUAUGGAGGCAUGGAGAACCCCUGUCUGACCUUCGCCACCCCAACUUUGCUGGCUGGUGACAGAUCACUAGUUGGUGUCAUUGCACAUGAAAUCUCUCAUAGCUGGACUGGCAACCUGGUGACAAAUAAAACUUGGGAGCAUUUUUGGCUGAAUGAAGGCCACACCGUCUACCUGGAGCGUAUGAUUGGCAGCCGCAUGGUGAAUGAGCAGUUCAGGCAGUUCAAAGCGAUAGGAGGCUGGAAGGAGCUUCAGGAAUCGGUAAACACAUUUGGAGCCAAUAAUCCUCUGACAAACCUUGUCCCUAAUCUCCACGAAGUGGACACAGAUGAGGCCUUCUCUUCAGUCCCAUAUGAAAAGGGUUUUGCUCUUCUCUACCAUCUGGAAGAGCUCAUGGGAGGCCCAGAGGUAUUCAUGGGAUUCAUCAAGUCCUACAUUCAGAUGUUUGCCUAUAGCAGUGUCACCACUGAUGCCUGGAAGAACUACCUCUAUACCUAUUUCAGGGACAAGGUUGACAUUCUCAAUAAGGUAGACUGGAAUGGCUGGAUGCACACCCCAGGAAUGCCUCCAGUAAAAAAUCAAUAUGACACGUCCUUGGCUGAUGUGUGCAUUGCCUUGUGCCAGAGAUGGGUUAAGGCAAAGGAAGCAGAUUUGAAUGCAUUUACUGCAGAUGAUUUCAAGAAGUUAUCGUCCCAUCAAGUGAUUGAGUUCCUGGCUCUGUUACUGUUGGAGGACCCACUCCCACUGUCGCACGUGAAGAGAAUGCAAGAAGUGUACAACCUGAAUGCAGUGAAGAAUGCCGAAAUAAGAUUCAGGUGGCUGCGUCUCUGUGUCCGAUCCAAGUGGGAAGAAGCUGUUCCCCUGGCCUUCCAGAUGGCCACUGAGCAGGGCCGCAUGAAGUUCACACGACCUCUGUUCAGGGAGCUGUACAACUUUGACAAGUACCGCGAAAAGGCGGUCAGCACCUUUCUCAAGCACAAGGGCUGCAUGCAUCCAGUCACUGCCAUGCUGGUGGCGAAGGACCUGAAGGUCGAACCGUCAAAGAGCACAGCUUGCUAGGGAGCUUUGCUCUCUUUGCAUUCGCAUUCGCAGGCUUUCAGUGGGCUGUGCAGACACUGCUGUCAGGCUACUGUUAGGAAGAAUUCAAUAAAAAAUAAAAAUGUAGUCUUAAUAAUCAGAAAGAGCAAGCAAUGCAGAAGCAGCUGAUAUUCAGGUACAAUUGCAUUUUUCUUAUAGCUUUGCAAGGCGUGUCUUUGUGGAGGGAAACCUCGGACACGAAGUUUUUAUUAUUUCGAGAAGUGGAAGGUACAUGAGCUGAAGGUUCAUAAUGUUUUUACAUGAAACUUGCUUUUAUAACUAAGACAAAUCACCUUGAGCACAUCCAUCUAAAAGAAAAAUACGUUUUUUCAACAAAGAAAUUCUCCUACAUUGUCAGUCCCUUGCUGUCUGCUUUUUUUGUUAUAAUAAACAUUAGUUUAAAAAUG